CGAUCACCGGAUGGCAGUCGUGCUGUGCCCGCUGAAGGCCGUACGUAUCCGCUGGCUCGGGGAGGUAGGUGUCAAGGUACAGCGGCGGCUAUCUAGUUACGCACGUAUGCAAGGCGACGACGUCUAUUCGCGUACCGAUCACCGUCAGUGUGCUCGACGCGCUCACGGCUCCGCCAACUGUACAGCUACCAGCCGGGUGUCAGUUUCGAGUCUUACAUGGAAAGCCUUCACCUGAUAGCUGUGCUGAGUGCGCUAUAAUGAGACAUCGGCGCGCAGACAGUUACUAACGGUUCUUUUAUGGUGCGUCUCAGCUCGCUCUUGGAGAGGGCGCUCUCCAACAGGACACUGGCGCUAUAGUUACCAUGACAAUCACUGAAGAGGGUGUGUUCCCGGUACGUGCAGCUCCCCGUGAGCGCAGAAUGGAGUCCGUCUGUCUUGGCGCCAAGUCGCAGUAGCUGCGGAGCCAGUGGCCGCCAUCGACUGCAGCAACAGUGACAAACCAGAUGGAGGGUUCAAUGACAGGCGUAGUCAGCAGCCCGCAGCCCGGGGCCGGUGACCGAACGUCCAAGAUGCCACCCAUCGCGCACUGCGUGGCGUUUUGCGUUGCAUUCGGACUUGUCUUCGCCGUGAGCGGUGCCGUGCUCCUGUCCAGCGGUCUGCCGUACCGGCGGCUCCAGCUGCGCAUCAUCUCCGUGUGCAUGCUCGUUAUGGGUGUCGUCCUCCUGGCCGCUGCUGUCGUGCUCAUCUUCAUGUGGCGCAAUCGCCACCACUUCGGAGCGUUCCACCGAUCCUGCCAUCGGCGCCAGCAGCGCGCGGCUCUCGUCAUCCGCGUGCCCACCGUCAGCGGCACGUACGUGUACUCCCCCACGCCUGCGGGCGCAGCUGCCGGAGCGGCUCCGUCGAGGCCCCCGCCGCCAGCCUACGAGGAGGUGGUGCCACCACCGCCCUCCUAUGAGAGCGUGAUGAUGCUCAAACGGCUUGAGAAGGCCGCUGAGCUGGCGCAUCAGGUGGCCGACAGCGCGCGCAGGGGCUCGGCACCCGCCGCCGCCGAUGUAUAGCGGGACCGUGCGCAGACGAGACUCACACCAAGUCCCGUGAGCAACGCCGCUUUCAUCCGCGGCCCUGCCGAUAGCCGGGCGCGAUGACGUGUGUGCCCGUUUGAACAAUUGUUCGCUCUCAGUUACCGCGUGCACUUUUUGCAUUACCCUAGCAGGCCCAACAAGCGGAAUAAACACACCGACUGCAAUAUUCCGCUUUGCGUAAUGAGGGCGCCUGGUUGAGCGAGAUCUCAAAUAGUGAGCCGUGUGCAGGUGUGAUGAAACCGUGUAGAAAAACAAAAUUAAGAAGGCUUGCUGCGUUGGCAGCCUAACAUGCUGACCACUGGGCUGCCGACGCAGGCUGCAUAUUACUCUUCGGAAGCGCUGUUCGAAUAGCUGUUUUCUUUGCUACGGUCUCUUUCUAGUGGCAUAAACGAGCAACACUGAGUGAGCUUAUACUCCUAGGGCGCGAUCUUGUACGCGUUCCAAAAUGGAACGGAGGCGUUCCGUUCCAUCGAGCCGCACACGAUUGGCCAAUUUCAACCGCGACGUUCAAAUUGACCAAUCGUGUGCGGCUCGAUGGAACGGAACGCCUCCGUUCCAUUUUGGAACGCGUACAAGAUCGCGCCCCUAAUGUAUACUAUGUAAAAUCUCUAUUUUCAUUCAUUUGGCCUAACAAAGUUGAUUAUAACUAGAGAUUCUAAAGGCAAAAAAUUGUAUUUCUUGAACUUCUUUCAUCGGACGCUUUGCCGGAUGACAUAAUAUGCUUAAAUAGGUGCUUGCAGGUCUUCAUCGCGUAGAAUCUCCAUAAGUGCCUUGUGUAAUUUUUUAUACGUGAUUAUUUCCAGCUAGUGGUCAGACUGUUCUCGUCCUUAUUACGAUACGUCUUAAUUUUCGCGCCGUAACCUCGACGCCGCCGCAGUACGUCAGUAUCGCGUCACGGAUUUGAAAGUAUUUCCUGGCAUGUCGGAAUCUUUUGGCGCAUACAGGAGGCUUUUUGAUGCGAAAGCAUUAUAUGCCCCAUUAUGCGAAAAUCCGGCGUUGUCGUCGGCGGCGUGACCGAAAGAUGGUACCAAAAAUGGCCGACGGCGCGAAGAUUAAAAAUACGCCAAAAAUGCUCGGAUUGACGUCAAAUUCGUCAGGCAGGUUUUUGUAAGCAAAGAUAAUUAAUGGAAUUGAAAAGAAAAUUUGGUACAUUUCGGUCUGGGUGGGAGACGAGCACGCUUCACCGACCGCCACGGUGGCUCCACGGUUAUGGUUGACAAAAGUUGUGCUUAGUGCGUGCGUCAUUGCCCACGUCACGUCUGUGCUUCCGUCACUCCCUCCCACGUGUCACACUUGCUCUUCGGACUUCAUCGGUGUUGUGUCUACUGGGAUGCUCUCCGAAGCGUCUAGCUCAGCGGCAGCUGUGAAACGCGGUCGCCCACGGAAGCACGCCUUAGAAGACGAAGCAAGGCAACACAAAAAAUUCAUCGUUUUGCAGCAAAAUGGUCCGAAUGUUUCCGGUCUGUGGACAACGUAUACGCAAACCCGCACACGUAUUCAACAGAAAGAGCUUUAAUGCACGUCGAAAACAUAACUCGAAAACAUUUCACGUAAGCGCCUAAAUGCUUUCGCAUUCCUACACGUAAGCAGUCUUCAGCAUCUCUGCUGAAUUUUUAGAAACUUAAUAGGUUCGGUGUUUUGUACUUUUUUUCAUUUUUUUUAAGAAUUCAGUGUAGUCAUCCUUAACCGAUAAACAGUUAAAGAGACCAUAUCAUAUGCUGCCAAUAUCCAUGAUUUCACGGCGAGCUGGUUCGGAAACUAAAGGGCGGCGCCGUCACCCCUGUUUAAUUUUUGCGUCUUGUUUGGUUCACGAAGCCUCCUAUGUCGGUAUAAGAGGGGCCAUUUUGGUGUUGCAGAAGCGCAAUUUUCUAAAACAGCUUAGCUUAAUAUUCC